AUGGUGCACUGUGCCGGCUGCAAAAGGCCCAUCCUGGACCGCUUCCUCUUGAACGUGCUGGACAGGGCCUGGCACGUCAAGUGCGUCCAGUGCUGUGAAUGUAAAUGCAACCUGACCGAGAAGUGCUUCUCCCGGGAAGGCAAGCUCUACUGCAAAAACGACUUCUUCCGGUGUUUCGGUACCAAAUGCGCGGGCUGCGCGCAGGGCAUCUCCCCUAGCGACCUGGUGCGGAGAGCCCGGAGCAAAGUGUUUCACCUGAACUGCUUCACCUGCAUGAUGUGUAACAAGCAGCUCUCCACCGGCGAGGAGCUCUACAUCAUCGAUGAGAACAAGUUCGUCUGCAAAGAGGAUUACCUAAGCAACAGCAGCGUCGCCAAAGAGAACAGCCUCCACUCAGCCACCACGGGCAGUGACCCCAGUUUGUCUCCGGACUCCCAAGACCCGUCGCAGGACGAUGCCAAGGACUCGGAGAGCGCCAAUGUGUCAGACAAGGAAGGCGGCAGCAAUGAGAACGACGACCAGAACCUGGGGGCCAAGCGGAGAGGGCCGCGCACCACCAUCAAAGCCAAGCAGCUGGAGACGCUGAAGGCCGCCUUUGCCGCUACACCCAAGCCCACGCGCCACAUCCGCGAGCAGCUGGCUCAGGAGACUGGCCUCAACAUGCGUGUCAUUCAGGUCUGGUUCCAGAACCGACGGUCCAAGGAACGGAGGAUGAAGCAGCUAAGCGCGCUGGGCGCCAGGCGCCACGCCUUCUUCCGCAGUCCGCGCCGGAUGCGGCCGCUCGUGGACCGCCUGGAGCCGGGCGAGCUCAUCCCCAACGGGCCCUUCUCCUUCUAUGGAGAUUACCAGAGCGAGUACUACGCUCCCGGAGGCAACUACGACUUCUUCCCGCAAGGCCCCCCGUCCUCGCAGGCUCAGACGCCAGUAGACCUGCCCUUCGUGCCGUCGUCCGGGCCUUCCGGGACACCCCUGGGUGGCCUGGAGCACCCGCUGCCCGGCCACCACCCGUCGAGCGAGGCUCAGCGGUUCACCGACAUCCUGGCGCAUCCUCCCGGGGACUCGCCCAGCCCCGAGCCCAGCCUGCCCGGGCCUCUCCACUCAAUGUCGGCCGAGGUCUUCGGGCCCAGCCCACCCUUCUCGUCGCUGUCGGUCAAUGGCGGGGCGAGCUACGGAAACCACCUGUCUCACCCCCCCGAAAUGAACGAGGCGGCCGUGUGGUAG